GGAAGAAGAAUAGGAAUCAUAAUAAUAAGAAGAAGACGAACAAGAACUUGAAGUUGGUGUCAUCUUCCUAGUUAGUCAUCAGUGACCUGGCUAAAUUUUAUCACUGUGUGACUAAGCUGAAAGAUUUAAAGAAAUGUCUUCAGCAAAUGCGUUUUCAGGUACAGACCCAGAUCAACACAAGCGUGUAUCUUCCAAGUCUAAUCCUGGAUUCCUGGAGCGACUGAGUGAAACUGUUGGAGGAACACUUGUUGGUGUCGGACUGUUUUUCCUCUCAGUUUAUGUUCUGUUCACCAAUGAGGGGCGAGCUCUGAAAACAGCAUCUAUCCUGGAUGAAGGCCUGUCUCUUGUUGUCUCGUUGGGGCUUUACCCCAGCCUCGACCUGCAGAACAACAACCGUUUAGUUCACCUGUCUGCACAGCUGCGCACUUCACAGCCCCUGCAUGACCCCAGCUACGGAGUGGUGGUGCAGGCAGUGAAGCUGAAGAGGGAGGUGGAGAUGUAUCAGUGGGUGGAGCACCAGGAGAGCAAAGACUACCAAGAGAACGGUGAAACCAAAACUGAGACGACGUACACUUACAACACGGAAUGGAAAUUGGAGCUCGUCAACAGUCGUAAUUUUGAUAAAGAAAUCGGUCAUCAGAACCCAAGUGCAAUGGCAGUUCAGAGUGUGACAGUAGUAUUUCCUGAAGUCAGAGCUGGGCCUUUCAUCCUGUCUAAAGGUAUCUGUCUAAACAAUGACAUAAACACACAACCUAUUAUAGAGCCUCUGUUUGUCAAUGUUCACAUUCAUUCAUUUCAGGUCAGUAUUGUGGCCAUGCAGAGGGGGGAGCAGCUGAUGCCUUUUAAAACCAAAUCAGGAGACACACUGGAGAUCCUGUACCUGGAGGAGCUCUCUGCAGAGGAGGUUUUUGCGAGGGAACACCAACACAACAACAUGAAGACAUGGGGACUCAGGGCUGCAGGCUGGGCCCUCAUGUUCCUUAGUAUACAGCUGAUGACGCGGAUCAUCUACACACUGGUGGAUUGGGUUCCUAUUCUGCGACAGCUGGUGUCAGUGGGGCUGAAGAUCUUCGCUUUGUGCGUCUCCUGCUCUCUGUCUCUUCUCACCAUUGGAAUAGGUUGGCUAUUUUAUCGACCGUUAGUGGCAGCGGGUCUGGGAGCACUGGCUCUGCUUCCAUGGUUUCUCACCCGUCCGGGACUUCUAGCCAAGAAAAAGGAGUGACUAGUAAACUGAUGACUAUCACGACAGUUUCUGAUGGCAGGACACUGCAGCUGGCUGUUGCACAGAAAGGGUCAGACUGGACAGGACUUUCUCUCUUGGGUUAAACAGACAUUCUUUGAUAAUAAAUGUUUUCCUGUUAAA